AUGCAGCAGCCCGUUGAGAACACCAGGGUCCUGUCGACCCGCCAACGUGUCCAUCACCACUCUGGCGCUGCCCGGCCAUCCACCAUCAUCGGCAUCCUUCGGCUGGUCCAGAUGGUUCUUGCCAGCAUGGUCAUCAUGACGCGCCCCGCCGUCCUCGACUCCAUGUCAACAGGGGAAGCCGACCACGGCGACUGGGCCGUGCUUUUCGGCAUCACCGCCAUCUGCUACGCCAAGAUCUGCUACCACAGCCCAUUCGGACCCCAAAUGGCCUGUGUGGACUUGAUAUGCGCGUGCCUUUGGUAUCUCAUACUCGCUGUUUUCCGCGAACCUCGACUCGUCGAAUCCGGGGCCACGAAUGUGCCCCUCGCUCUGUCAAUUCAAGCCAGCCGCCUCUCAGUUCUACUUUGGUUCGGCGAGGCGCGCAUGUUUCGUGAGGGCCUCAAUCAGAAGAUGGAGGCAUAA